GGGGAAAUCUUUCUCCAGUCACUUCCGGUUCAGAAAUUCUUUCCAUGUUUUUGUUUCUCCUGCCUGCCAUUCUGGUUUCAGUUUAAUCCACUUUCUCUUUUUAUUUAGCCUCACUGAUUACCGCCAUGUCUCGGGGGUCCAGUGCGGGGUUCGACCGGCACAUCACCAUCUUUUCCCCGGAAGGAAGGCUUUACCAAGUCGAGUAUGCAUUUAAAGCCAUCAACCAGGGAGGAAUGACCUCUGUGGGGAUCAGAGGGAAGGACUGCGCUGUGGUCGUCACCCAGAAGAAAGUUCCAGACAAGCUGUUGGACGCCUCCACCGUCACUCAGCUGUUCAGAAUCACAGACAACAUUGGCUGCGUCAUGACCGGCAUGACUGCUGACAGCAGGUCUCAGGUGCAGAGAGCACGCUACGAAGCUGCUAACUGGAACUACAAGUACGGCUAUGAGAUCCCAGUGGACAUGUUGUGCAAACGCAUGGCCGAUAUCUCCCAAGUCUACACACAAAAUGCUGAAAUGAGGCCGCUCGGCUGCUGUAUGGUCGUGAUCGGCAUGGACGAGGAGUUGGGCCCUCAGCUAUAUAAAUGCGAUCCAGCCGGCUACUAUUGUGGCUUCAAGGCCACUGCAGCUGGGGUCAAGCAGACCGAAGCCACCGGUUUCCUCGAGAAGAAGGUCAAAAAGAAACUGGACUGGACCUUUGAGCAGACAAUAGAGACGGCCAUUUCUUGCCUCUCCACUGUUCUUUCCAUCGACUUCAAGCCAUCGGAGCUGGAGGUGGGAGUCAUCACGACACAGGAGCCUAAAUUUAAGAUUCUGUCGGAGUCUGAGAUUGAUGCGUAUCUUGUUGCUCUGUCCGAGAGAGAGUGAGGAUCGAUGGGAAAA